AUGCCCUGUGUUUAUAACACAUACGGUUUUCUUGAUUUAACUAUUUUGCUCGAAUAUGCUGAGUUUGCUAAUGCUUUAACAGAAUUCGUCUUGAAUACCAUCGUCUUGGACUAUGUAACGAGAACAUCAAUGAGAAACUAUGAGAGUAUGUUACGUACUACAACGACACAUGGUAAUGCAUGUAUUCAAUUGUAUAAUAUUAAUUUGGAUGCAGAUUAUCUUAUGUUUGGUAAACGUUUGAGGACAAUAUGUGUUCAAUCGCGAUCGGCAUUCUACGAUGUAAAAACAACACGUCAGACACAUCCUGAAUGGAUUGUUCGUUUUCCCGUUAUGUUUCGUCGGGCACUACGUGUAUUUGCUUGUAAUUUGAAAUAUUAUUUGAAAAAAAUUGCUGAAAUUGAAAAUUAUGUGGUGAAAAAUGAUCUAGAAGGUGAAAUGAUACGAUAUCAUGCAGUUGGAGCGGCAUUAACUACGAUCAAAUAUGAUUUAGUCACGCUGUAUUUAACAAUUCGUAGUGGAGGAUUAACAGCAAUGAAUACAAACUUUUUAAUUCCGUUAUUGAGUGAUACCCAAAAAUGGAUUACUUAUGCUUAUUACCAAAUAAAGCAAAUAUUAGCUUGUCUACCAGGAUCAGAAAUGAAUCGGCGAAUAGGUAAACAACGUCAGCUUAUCUCUAAAUGGCAAUCAUUAACUUCAAAAAAGUGUAUCAAAACUGUAAAACCAAAAUAUUUUCAAAAAAGAAUGAGUAAACAACAAACACCAGUUGAUGAUUCAUUUAUUCGAUCAUCACAAAGUGAAAAAUUAAGAGCCAUGUCGGACAUUUCUAUGAAGACAUCAAAACAACAACUAAAGAUAAUAACCGAUAAUUCACAAAAAGGUGUCACACCGAAAAGAGAUAUAUUGGAUAUGUCAAAGAAACAUCGUACUUCUACGAAUCGUGACUCAUCACCAUCAGAGCAAACAGCUGUUCGAAUAACAACAAGAGUGCCAGCAGUUUCUGACAGACUGUCAAGUGCAAAUUUUCAACGAGAACAAUCACGAGAGCAUGUUGAUGAAUCAACAAAUGCAUUUGUACAACGAAAAAAACGUAUCAAAAGAAAAAUUCUCAACGAUUAUGAUUUAACAAACGAUUUUUUUUCACCAAGUUUUCUUCUUCGAACAAAAAUGAGACAGUUUUAUUAUAAAAAUGAUGAUUAUCCAUCAUCAGAUGAUUUUGUUAUUCGAAACCAUCGUGAAAUAUCACAACCUGUGGUGAGAACGAGAAUAAGAAAAACACUAAAAGUUAAAGCAAAUAGUCAUAACCAUUUACAAUUGAUCCGAUAG